AUGUCCAUCCCCGGCGCCGAGGACCAGAUCGACCCGGCCACGUUUGAGCAGAUUCUCGAAAUGGACGAAGACGAGGUCGAGCGCGAGUUCAGCAAAAGCAUCGUCUAUGACUUCUUCGGCCAGGCCGACCAGACCUUCAAGAAGAUGGACAAGGAACUCGAGGAGAAGAAGGAAGGCAAAUACCUCAAAGAGCUUAGCGAGCUUGGUCACUUCCUCAAGGGCUCGUCCGCCACGCUUGGCCUCACCAAAGUCAAGGACUCGUGCGAGAAGAUACAGCACUACGGCCAACUGAAGGAUGAUGCAGGCACAAAAGACAUCACAGAGGAGCAGGCGCAGGAGAACCUCGCCAAGAUCAUCAAGCAGGCCAAGACCGAGUUUGACGAUGUUACCAUUAUCCUCAAGAAGUUCUACGCCGAUCCAGAUCUUCCUGCCCCUGCUGCCCCUGCGCCCGCUGUUGCGACAACCACGCCCACAAAGGCCACGACCACCGUCUAG